CCAAAAGCUGAAAGAGCCCUGCAGACUGAGUGAUCCGCUUCCACAAUGUUAGCGCAGAAUCUUUUAAUCGUUUUAUUAUUGGUGUCUAAUAUAACAUUAGCGUCAGGUUUCCUGGAUGUGAUUGCGGCUGUCAGCUCUUACAUGUUUAACGUGUUUUUGAAACGGGACGGUUUGCUGCCUUUUGACACAAAACGUUUGAAGGCAGAUUUAAACAAAUCUCUCUUUGGGCAGCACAUCGCGUCUGAUGUUGUAUUAAAAGCUGUAUCGUCAUUUAUGACUGACAGGAACCCAAACAAACCGCUGGUUCUGUCUUUCCACGGGACUUCAGGAGUUGGGAAAAAUCAUGCUGCUAAAAUCAUCGCAAGAAACAUUUACAAAAAAGGGGAAAACAGCAAACAUGUUCACAUAUUUACAUCUGAGCAUCAUUUCCCACACAGAGAACAUUCACACAUCUACAGUCAUUUGCACUUUCAGGAAAAACUAAAGAAAUUGAUUCUUGACAAAGUAUAUUGGUUUCCCCACUCCAUGUUCAUAUUUGAUGAAAUGGACAAGAUGCAGCCUCAGGUGAUCAACAGCAUAAAACCUUUUCUGGACUACAAUGCUCGUGUAGACGGAGUGUCAUUCCACAAUGCAAUCUUCAUCUUUCUCAGUAAUGGAGGUGGGAGUUUGAUUGUCGACAUGGCUCUGGAUUUCUGGAGAGAAGGCAAAAUACGGGAAGAGAUCAGCAUGAACAGCAAAGACAUUGAGACUAAAAUCUCUCUAAACAUCUUAAAUGAUGAGAACAGUGGAUUUCAGCACUCCAGUCUCAUAGAUCAUCAUCUGGUUGAUCACUAUAUUCCUUUCCUACCUCUGGAGCUGAAACAUGUGCGUCAGUGCGUCAUGGCUGAGAUGGUCGAUCUGAACAUGACUGAAGACUUUGAUCUGGCAGAUAAAGUAGCCAGAGAAAUGCCCUUCUUCCCUGAAAAAGAGAAAAUAUUUUCUGUUAAAGGCUGCAAGUCUGUCAGACAGAAACUGUUUCUCUAUACAGAUGAUUAGAUAAAAGACUUGAGCAGCACUUGUUCCUCACUUUUUGUGAUUUUUUAAUGCACAUAGUUGAACAUCAAUACAAUACAAUGUCCCAGAUUUUGCACAAUAUCCCAGUGUUGGUGAUGAUGUGACUUGCACAGUGUAAGAAGAAAUUAUGUGGAUGUCGAAGAUCUUAAAAAUGAAGUUUAUCACAGCAUACAAAACCAAUAAAAUGUUUACAAUAAUUACUGUACAACUGAUAAACUAUGUUCUGAAUGUAAUUCCAAAGACUCAGCACAUGUAUAUUAAAACUCAGUCUCUGUA